AUGUCUGGACCUGGAUCAGAGAAUAUUCUAUUGUCAGCCCUUGCGAACUUGCCGCAGCCGACCGCGAGUACCCCGCUUUCAGUCCGGUCUGGUCCUCAGAUGAACCAGUGCAUGUCGCCCUUCUUGCGGCUUCCCCGGGAAACCGUCCAAGAGAUAUUCUCUCUCUGCACGCUAUACGAUUCAUAUCGUUAUAACACAUAUUCCAAACACCCUAUCCCGUUUAUUUACCUCGGGCACAUCUGUGGCGAGCUGCGCAGUACUCUCCUUGGCAUGCACAACAUUUGGGCCGAUGUCGUAUGUGCUCUCGACGACAUAGAAAUAGUCAGAGAGCUCGUUCAGCGUGCAGCUUCAUCGCCGCUAACUACCGUGAUGACUCGCACGACCUUCCCUGACGAGUCAAUCCGAUUCGUGGCUUCGCGAUUUCAGCAGGCUCGCGUCAUCAAAAUCUCAUCGGCGCGAGUCAUACGGAUGGUCUUGAACGAUCUUGAAGGUGCACAUCUGCCUUUGCUGGAAGAUCUCGUCUUCGAUAAUGGAGCCUUGAGCACUAUUCGGACCACACCCGAAACCGUCGAUGCCCAAUCCCUCACUAUUCGGUGUUUUGAUCGAGCGACGAUGGGAACUGGCAUUCCAUUUGUCACGCCUAACCUUAAACGCUUGCGUAUGAUGAACGCCAUCCUUCCCUUGCCACUCAGCCUCAGUAACCUCUGUGACUUACGUCUUGACGUAUCGCCACCAGAGUCCCCUAUGUGGGCGGCAUAUCUCCUACGCAUCUUGCGUCUUUGCGCUAGCGUGCGCACACUCGAACUCAAGAACAUGCGGUUUCCGCUCGUACUCACCAUGAAUGAAAAACGGGUGGCCCUCCCAGAAAUACGCCUCCUCGACAUCGCUGGUGACACCCAAUGCCUCAUGUGGUUCUGGUCGCAGAUAACCGUCCCAUCCGACGCGCGAGUGCUCAUGGAUGUCGCUGAUGUCGCAUCUGAUGACGAGUCUAUAACCUGGGACUUCAUAAACUCGCUCUCUAGCCAUAUGCAUGGCAACGAUGCGCGCACUGUCACUGGAUUCUCAAUAUUUCCCAGCACCGUGGAGUCAGACUUGUUCUUCGGACUCUAUGUCACCGCUGAGAGCUCUCUCCCCGGGAGAGAUGAUCAUCGUUUCAGCCCAUUGUACCACGGGUAUCGUCGCGUGCUGGAUGUCCGACUGAGCUGGUGUGAGGUGAACAUGGAGAACAUCCUCCAUUACAUGAAUCGCCUUCGCGAUAUAUUCGAUCUGUCUGAGGUGGAGACACUGGAGAUCGGUACGCUCGAAGAGUAUCACACGCCGGAAGAGGAAAAGGACGACGAAGACUUCGUCGGCUACGAGCAAUGGCUCUCAGUCUUCCCGAACAUACGCCACCUUUGCCUAUCGAGCAACCCAUAUCUAGCCUGCACUGCGCUCGGUCCGAAUGCGACAGAUAAACAGCCCAUCUAUCCGCAUUUGCGCUCCCUGACCUUAUUAAACGCAAUGUUUGAUGAGAACGAGCUGAACAGUUUCUUGAUGAUGUUGAAGGAACGAGCCUGCAGCGGGACGGGGCUUGAAGAGCUCAAGUUUGCAUUCUGUGAUGCGGGAGCACUUGGUUUGGGGGACGAUAUGGUAUCGCAAUCCUUCAGGACAACAGUCCAAAGCCUCGUUCCUUCCGUAGAGUUCGGACUGCUCAAUGGAGUCUACUAG